CCGUUACAAGAGUCCCUCCAGUAGUAGCCUCAGUGUCUCACAUGGAAUUGAAACCAUCUCAACAAGAAUCCCUCCGAGACCUCCGUCGCAGGAAGCAAAAUUUCCCACGGAUCGAAUUCGGCUCCGAGCGCAUGAAAACCCACCUGCCCCUCCUCGCUAUCUAAUCAAUAUCCUCCCCUCCAUCAAUUACUACUAUUAUCUAUCUCGAUCCAUUUAUAUCCUGCAUAUAAUAACCCCCUACCCUUAAGACGCCUCAUCUCACUCAGCCUAAACCACAAACCCACCCCAACCACAACCACCACAAUGGAAUGGGACCCAACGCAAUUCUUCCGGGACGAGGGUGACAACCCACCUACGCCAUUCGCUUUGCUCAUUCUGAAUCAUCCAAUCAACGAGAAAGCCUAUGAUGUUUUACAAAAGCAUGCCCUGAUAACCGUCUGCGCCGACGGCGGCGCAAACCAUAUCUAUGAUAUGAUGAAAGCCCGUGGGAGGGAGUCUCUUGAUCACCCAAACGUCAUAAUCGGCGACCUGGACUCCAUCCGCCCCUCAGUCCGGACGCACUAUGAAUCCCACGGCGUGAAUAUAAUCUACCAUCGAGAUGACUACAGCACCGACUUUACCAAAGCAUUACGGUAUAUUCGUGCGAAUGUGGAUGAUAUCCUACCACCCACCACCACCAAUCACCAACAGCAAGCAGAAGAAGAUAAUCUCACGAUCCUAAUCCUCGGCGGUCUCGGCGGCCGCGUCGACCAAGCCUUCUCCCAAAUCCACCAUUUAUAUUCUAACUCCACCCACACUCACACCACAUCCAAUUCAACGGAAAGAAAAACAGGCCAUCUAUACCUCAUCUCCGAAGAAAGUAUAACGUUCAUCUUACAUCCGGGGAAGAAUAUCAUCCGGACGCCGCGGGCGAGAAGGGCUGCCCCUCCAUUAUCUACUGACACCAACACCGCUUCUAAUGAUAACGGGGAAGAAGAAAAAGACGGGAAAGAGGAGAGAUACCUCCUCGAAGAAAACGUGGGCAUGAUCCCCCUCCACGGGAUGGAGCGGAUCACGACAAAGGGAUUCCAAUGGGACGUGGAGGAUUGGGAGACGGUGAUGGGGGGACAGUUGAGUACGAGUAAUCAUAUUCGGGCGGAGGAGGUGGAGGUGCAGGCUGGAGGGCCGGUGUUGAUGACGUUGGAGUUGGCGGGGAGGUUCAAGAGGGUUUUAUUUUGAUUUACUAGUAGUAAUGUGUUGUUUAUAUUAUGGGGGUUGGUGGUGGUUUAUGUAGGGAGUUAAUAACUCUCUUGGUCUACUUGGGGGCUUUUGACAAUUUAUACACAGCAGUACUAGUAAAUAG